GGGAGAGAAAUAUGAGGAAAUAAUUGCGCUACUUGAAGAGCUUUUAUUUAAGAGACUCUGCAACUAAAAGAUCUCCAGGAGUGGAGUCGACGUGGAUACAGGAUACAGAAUACAGAAUACAGAAUACAGAAUACAGAAUACAGGAUACAGAAUACAGGAUACAGAAUACAGGAUACAGAAUAACCUCAAGAUGGAGAUUGUCUGGAAAGUUCUGUGCCUUCAGCUCCUCCUCUGCCAGACAUGGGCCCUGUCUUCAUACCACCACUUAGACCAUAUGCUCAAUGCUCAAACAGCCCUCAGGUCCUUGGAUGAGCCAAUGAGGUUUGACCCCUGCUGUCUCCUGGCCCCUCCCCCACCCCCACUCUUCCCUCCACCCUCGCUGCUCUGGAAGCGAGGGACUACGGUCGACUACCCAGUGAAAGAGGGAGGAGGAGGAGGAGAGGAGGAGGAAGAGCAGAGGUAUAAACAUCUGCCUGUGAUCCAUGGAUGUAAACCAGGACCCCAGGGACCCCCAGGACCAGAGGGUCCCAGUGGAAUGCCAGGAAUUAGUGGACCGAAGGGAGACAAGGGAGAGAUCGGACGACCAGGGUCAAAGGGUCGUACUGGUCCUCCUGGGUUACCAGGGAGACAGGGACCAGCCGGAUGGCCCGGUCCAGAGGGACCCAAGGGAGAGAAAGGAGAGCUGGGGCUGAUGGGCCUGCCGGGGCUGAGAGGACCACCUGGAACCAAGGGUCUUCCUGGUUAUAAAGGAGAGAAGGGGUCUCGUGGUAAUACAGGCGUUUUAGGACCAAAGGGCAACAAGGGCUCCGUAGGUCUCUCUGGGAUGUUGGGACAGAAGGGUGCGAUGGGAUCGAAGGGAGACCCAGGAAUUUCAGGAAAGAGAGGACCAACUGGCCGACCUGGGAAGAGAGGACAACAUGGUAUGAAGGGUCAGGAUGGAACCCCAGGUCCAAUGGGUCCUACAGGUCCUGCUGGUCCCUCUGGUCAUCCUGGACCCCCUGGACUACCUGCCUCAGGCCUGUACCUGGUAGGGGAGAAGGGAGAUAAGGGUGUAGCGGGAUCUCCAGGUGUCUGUGACUGUAACACCUACGGUGGUAACACCCCUGUGGGAGUCAACACCCCACACUACGGCAGCUACACCCAACGAGGCAACAAAGUCCCUGUGAUCUUUGUAGUGGACAGUGAGGAGGAGUUGGAUCGUCUUCACACGGUCAAUGCCAUCGCCUUCAGGAAGGACCAGAGGUCUCUCUACUUCAAAGACAAAGAUGGCUGGCAGCCCAUACAGGCUCUCCAGUCGACAGAGAAGUUUCCGGAGCGGGUGGGUGUGUGUGGGGACGGACUGGUGCAGAACGGAGAGGAGUGUGAUGAUGGAAACAACGUCGUCACAGAUGCCUGUCUCAAUUGUAGGUGGGCGUACUGUGGAGAUGGAUAUCGUCAUGAGGGCCUGGAGGAGUGUGAUGGAAAUGACUUUGGUUACCAGACCUGCACAUCAUAUCUCCCUGGGUCUUUUGGCCAUCUCAGAUGUACUGGGUCCUGUUCCAUCGAUUCUACUGGUUGCAAAUACUUCACCUGAGCCAAUGAGAAGAUGGCAGCAUUGCAGUAUUACCAAUUGUGAUUGGUCCACCUUCAGCGAGCCUCUCCUUGUU